GGGGAUUUCCAGAGCGAUGCAUUUCGCGGAAAUACCACGUAAUCGUUUAUUUCAGCGAUUUCACUUUCAGCCGAAGUUGAACUGAACACACUGUGAAAACUCGGUUACGUCUCGGGAUAAGAAUCAUGGGAGCCGAACAAAGCAAAGGCAGUACAGGUGAAUCAGAUUAUCCCAUAGAGCAUGAGCAUACAUGUGAUGAAAUCAACAAAAGAUCCAUUGGUAAAUUUAUCAUCAAAUGCUGUGGACAUGAAGGAAUAGUGGAUGAACAGGACAAUAGAUUGAGACCCCUUCUACAAGGGGCUAUUACGCACUUGGAUAAAGAAAAAGAGCAUGUUUGGAAGAAUGCGGAAUUAACGUUUUACGACAAGUACGCCAACUGUUUCAUCAUGAAAGCUGGAGAAGGUCAGAACAAAUUCUUGGUACAUCUGGAUGGUAAAGAUGAAAUUGAGGUAAUUUGUACAGAAAGAGAACCAAGCCGAGUUGGUAAAUUCUUCUCGGAAAGUUGGCUGAAUCCUUAUAAAUGGGUUCCUCGUAGUCAAGAUCCAGCACUGCCGCCUAACGAUAAUAAAUCUUCAGCUUCAUCCAAGUCAGCCACGAACAAGGAAGGUACAAAUGUAUGAAAUUAGUAAUAUUUCCAGAGAGCAAUAUAUAUAUAUAUAUAUCAUACAAAUUAAAAUGAUUGCUUUCCAUCAUAUAAAAAGCAUCAUAAUUGUAGUCUAAUUUUUGGUCAAUUGAUUGAACACACAACAAUAGUUUCAAUGAGUAUGAACUGAUUUGCAUAUUGAUGAAGGAAUGCCUGUUAUGUUGCUGCGAAAUAAACGUUUUAUUUAUACUUACGAUGACAUGUUCUCAUACACUAAGUUUCACUUAGACAUGAAUGGUUUUCACGGAAAUUUUAAAACAUUUGCUCCGUUAGUAGCAAUAAGUAAGAAAAAAACAAUGAAAAGCUAAUGUUUAUCUACAUGUAAACUGAUUUUUGUUACAAAGCAAAAAAACUGUUAUUUUAUUAAAAGUAGGUGGUCACUUUGCACUUAGUUAAUUGACAGAGGCAUGUCAAUGGUCAACUUAUGUGAUGUUUUAGCAAUCCAGAAUACAUGUUAUUUUUGUUUGUUUUUUGGACUUGUAUUUAGAUUUGCAUAUAAUAGAUCAAAUAUGGUGUUAAACAUUUACCGGUAUCCUUGAAUUACAUUCAAAUCAGCAGAAGAAUUUUCAUUGGCUAGCAUUUUGGUGAAACCUGUCACCCAUAAGUCUCCGCAUCUUUCCCUCAAUCAUACAUGAACCAUAGAUAGACCCAACCAAAUUGUAUUCAAUGCUUCAAACAGAUUGUUUGUAGAUAUCCAUUUUAAAAAUAACAAGUAGCAUUACCACUACAGUUGCG